AAAAAAUAUAAGAUUGUGAAAAAAAAUUAUACAAAUGUCGUUAAAUCAUUUUUCAAAAACCAAUGACAUGGUAUAACAUUAAAACAGGCUGAUUGGCUUCUAGAAAACACCUGUUGGGACCCUGGGGCUACUGAUUCCUGUUGAGAUUACAGCUACGAAGGUAUUUUCUGUUAGCCAAACAGCAGGCCGACGAGUAAACUGAUACAUAUGACUUGCAUGAGAGAGGUUUCGGUGCCAACUCCCAACCGAAAAAAUACGUACGUGUCGUACUUCCUGAUUAGCAUCCCGCAAGUGUCCCACUAAGUCCAAACCGUAUCUGACCAUUUUAAACCAUUAGCCUUCCAUUUCUCAGCCAUGCACUAGCUCGUCCAUCUCUCUUUGCUUCUUCUUCUUUCACUUCUCCUCCACCUUUUCGAAACCCCCUUAAUUUGGCCGGUACACAAACCCCAACAUGCCUUCCCGUAUAUACCAAUUUGGUACAGCUGAUGAGGCCACCCACCCUGGCUCCAUCAGAGCCACCUUGGCUGAGUUUCUUUCCACUUUCGUCUUUGUCUUUGCCGGGGAAGGCUCUAUCCUCUCUCUUGACAAGAUAUAAAAGGACUCGAGUGCGGUCUCAAUCUCAGGGACAACCACCGCAGGGUUGGUGGUCAUAGCACUUGCGCAUGCGCUGUCUCUGUUCUCCGCUGUGGCGUCCAGUAUGAACAUAUCAGGUGGCCAUGUCAACCCUGCGGUUACCUUAAUUUGGUGCCCUUAUCGGAGGAAGAAUCUCGGUCCUUCGUGCCUUCUAUUAUUGGGUUGCUCAGCUCUUGGGUUCCAUUUUGGCUGCUCUCUUGCUAAGGGUCUGCACUGCAGGAAUGGUAAUAACCAAUCAAUCGGAAGACACAGAGCAAUCCCCUAGGUUUUGUAAACCUUUUUCUUUAACUAAAUAUCGCUUGCAUGCAGAGACCUGUAGGGUUCUUCGUGUCCUCUGGAGUUGGGGAGUUUCAUGGUCUUGUGCUGGAGAUAGUGCCGACAUAUGGCUUGGUUUACACUGUCUAUGCGACGGCCAUCCCAAAAGGGGAAACCUGGGGAUCAUUGCAUCGCUGGCCAUCGGGUUAAUAGUUGGGGCGAACAUUCUAGUAGGAGGACCGUUUGAUGGAGCUGCAAUGAAUCCAGCCAGGGCGUUUGGACCUGCCCUUGUGGGGUGGCGGUGGCACAACCAUUGGAUUUACUGGGUAGGUCCUUUGGUUGGAGGAGGUCUGGCGGCUCUCAUCUACGAGUAUUUGAUCAUCCCCACAGAACCAACCCAGCACCACACUCACCAGCCCUUGGCCCCUGAAGAUUACUAGUGAUCAGAUUUGUGCACAAUGCUCGUCUGCCUCUUGCUAUGCUUUCCCUGUAUCUAGCUUUCUUCUUUUGUUAUGGCUAUGAACCUUGAGUUGUGUUUUCUUUCUGCACUGUACUUGUUACUCCACGCACCUGUCUAUGCAAUGCUACAACUUCCAAUACCAGAAAUAAAUAAAUAAAAUAAGUUCAGUGAG